UAGGGGGGUUAGAUUUUAGUUCUUAGAAGCAGUAAUAAUGGGUUCAGAAGAUGAAGUGCAGGAUCGGCGGCAGCCUGAUAUAAGCCUGGUGCGGCUCAUUUUUUGUUGCACAGUCGCCGGAGGGGUGCAGUAUGGCUGGGCUCUCCAGCUUUCUCUCCUAACUCCCUAUGUCCAGACUCUUGGGCUCCCUCAUGCUUUGGCUUCUAUCAUGUGGCUUUGCGGUCCCGUUGCAGGGUUUAUUGUUGGACCUACUGUUGGCUUUUUUAGUGAUAGAUGCAACUCAAGUUUUGGCCGGAGGAGGCCAUUUAUUCUUACAGGAUGCCUCAUUAUCUGCUUAUCUGUGAUGGUGAUUGGGUACUCAUCAGACAUUGGAACAGCACUGGGAGAUACAAAGGAAAACUGCAGUACCUAUGUUGGUCCUCGUUGGAAAGCUGCUCUUAUAUAUGUGAUUGGCUUUUGGGUGCUGGAUUUCUCUAACAAUGCAGUUCAGGGACCUGCUCGAGCAAUGAUGGCUGAUCUAUCUGGAAAACAUGGAUGCAGCGCAGGAAAUAUCAUAUAUGCCUUUUGGAUGGCUUUGGGAAACGUUCUGGGUUAUGCUUCCGGGGCCAGUGGAGCUUGGCACAAGCUGAUGCCUUUCUUGAUGACAAAUUCAUGCUGUGAAUCCUGUGCAAACUUGAAGGGUGCCUUCUUGGUUGCAGUGAUAUUCCUUGGAUUAUGUUUGACAGUAACUCUCAUCUGUGCAAAAGAAGUUCCACUCUCCCAGUUGGAUGCCAAUGUGUUGCAGCAAAAUUCUGGCUUUUUCUCUGUGUUCAAAGCCUUCAAAAACUUACCAACUGGAAUGCCUUCUGUUCUUCUUGUGACAUGUCUCACCUGGCUGGCCUGGUUCCCUUUCAUUCUUUACAACACUGACUGGAUGGGUCGUGAGAUCUACCAUGGUGAUCCAAGUGGAACAAAAUAUGAAAUUGAAGCCUAUAAUAAGGGUGUUCAACAAGGAGCAUUUGGCUUGCUGCUGAAUUCUAUUCUUCUUGGAAUCACUUCAAUUCUUCUUGAGCCUAUGCGCCGCAAAAUCACAACAAGAUUUGUGUGGGUCAUUGGCAACUUCACCCUUUUCUUAGGCAUGGUUGCCAUGACAGUCCUUAGUUUAAUUUCCACACAUGGUUAUAAAACAAAACUCAGCUACGUGGCUAAUGGGGAAGAGGGUAUCAAAAUUGGAGCUUUGGCUAUAUUUACAAUCCUUGGAUUUCCUAUGGCUAUUUUAUAUAGUAUUCCUUUUGCUACUGCUGCACAGCUUGCUGCAAAUGAAGGAGGCACACAACAGGGACUGGUCACCGGUGUUCUUAAUCUCUCCAUCGUCGUUCCUCAGGUGAUCGUAGCUCUUAGUGCUGGCCCUUGGGAUGCUCUCUUUGGCAAGGGCAACAUCCCAGCCUUUGCGCUCGCCGGCGGCAUCGCCAUUGUUGGCACCUUUGUUGGCCUGGCUAAGCUUCCCAAUAUCUCUAAUGACUAUAUAAAGAGCGACAGCUUUGGAUCUAUGCACUAAUGAGUUCAAGGGUGGAAUUCUUCUAAGCUUCAAAAAAUUUGUUAGGUUUAUGGAUGAUAGAGGAGAUGGAGGCAGCCAUGCUUUUGCUCUCCUCAUAUAUAAUUAUUAAAAAUAUUCAGAACCAAUUGAAAUUAUUUUCCUCAUGA